GGUACCUGUUCUUCUUUUGAAUAUUUUUUUAUUUUAUUUAUAACGUCUGUCUUUCUCAAUGGUGAGGUCAUUAAUGGAAUCCAACAAGGUCCAACAAUGCCCAGAAUGGCCAACGGACAAGUGUAAUAAGCUAAUUAGUUAGUUUGUCGUGGAAGGAAAUGAAAGAUUGCUCAGAAAGAACAGCACGAAUGAUGGAAUUGGAAGUGUGAGAGGAAUUUACAUUUUUAUCCUUACAGAAAGGAUCGAAUCAUUGUCGACAAGUUCACACAUAGAUCUCAUCUCUGAGACACAUUCCCAGCAUGCACACGGGAUAAUCUGUCCAGUUGGGAUUAGGGUAUAUGCACAUUUCUGGAGGUGGGUAUUGUUUAUAAUUCAUUUGUGCAGGUGGGUGUUGUGGAGUUGCAGUGAUGGAGCCGACACAGAUAAGCCUGGGAGGAUUCGGAGAAGGAGUGAGUGCCAAGGAACUCACAGAGUACUUAGAAGAAACUGUGGGAAUGGUGUGGAGAUGCAGAUUGAAGACAUCAUGGACUCCUCCCUUUGCAUAUCCAAAGUUCACAAGUGACAGCAAGUAUUUGGUCGAGAACAAAGCCAAGGUGCCUCCUCAUGCCUUUGUUCACUUUGCAGCUCCAGAAGCUGUCAAAGAGGUCGUGAAGCUGGCUCAAAAGGGAAGGCUGGUGUUCCGCAACCAAGCUCUCAAAGUCAAGGUUGGUAGCGAAACCUCAACUAGAAUGCGUAAAAGAAGAAAAACUCAACCCUUCAGAUUUUCUUCCGCUAUGAUUGAAAUAGGUUCAUUGUAUAGUCUUGAUGAGUUUUGGGUUGCGUGGCGAGGACCCACUUCUGGGGUAGAGUUUCAUGUAGACCCAUUUGACAAAAGAUGUAGGAUUAUUCUUACUCGGGAUCAGUUGUUUGCUAUGCCUAACAUUGGUAGAGAUACUCUCAUAAAAUGCGACUUUAAGAUUGAGUUUUUGAUUAAGGAUAUUAGAAAUGUGAGGUUUCUCAAUGAGAAGGGGAUUUUGGUCAUGUUAAUCCAGCUUUGGGUGCCACCUUGGAUACAUUAUAGAACCGCAGAUGAUGAUAUUCAUGUGGGUGCUCCUUUUGUUCUGUUAGAUGAUGAUGAUCCAUGGAUACGAACACUUGAUUUUACUCCUAACAAUGCAAUUGGUAGAUGUUUGGUAUAUAAGAUUUUAGUAUCUCCUCGUUUGGGUUACAUCAUGGAGAAAGCCAAAGAUUAUUUUAAGCAUCAUCGCUUGAUAGAUGAAAAGUUUCCUAAGUUUUCUAGUUUGAGGACUCAGAACGAACCUGCUGUUCCUAGAUCAGGAUUCUUUUUUGUGCUGCCACUACUCCCGAAAAUUCUCUUUGAUACCAUGUUCCUGUUAAAUGCUCUUGUACACAAAGGCAUUGUCAAUUACCACAGACUAACUCCCGAGUUUUAUAAUUUGUUGAAUCCUAAAGUGACAUUACCUGAAUUGUCCACAAUAGCACUGAGGCACAUGCUAUCCUACACCUAUCCAAUUUUUGAUGCCUUCGAAAGACUUAAAACUGUACUUAGGUGGAUUUCAAACAGCCCAAAGCUUCUGAAAAAACCAAAGAUUGCUGAGGAAACAGUUGAAGUUAGGAGAUUGGUCAUCACUCCUACAAAGGCCUACUGUCUUCCUCCAGAAAUAGAGCUGUCAAACCGUGUCAUAAGGAACUUCAAGAAGUAUGCAGAUAGAUUUCUAAGAGUAACUUUCAUGGAUGAUAACAUGGAAGCCAUGUCAUCAAUGGCACUAAAUGUUCCUACAGCCCCUAUUGUUAGAGAGGUGUCAUCUAGUUCUCCUGCACAUAGAACUGCAAUUUAUAGGCGAGUGAAGCAAAUUCUUCUUCAUGGAUUUGAGCUCUGUGGUAGAAAAUAUUCAUUUCUAGCUUUUUCUUCUAAUCAGUUGAGAGACCGCUCUGCAUGGUUUUUUGCUACUGAAAAUAUCGAAAUACAUCAAAUUAAAACCUGGAUGGGGACCUUUCCUAAAAACAAUGUUGCUAAGCAUGCUGCUAGAAUGGGUCAAUGUUUCUCUUCCACCUAUUGCACGGUACAGGUUCCAAAAGUAAAGCUUGAAAAAGACUUUGAAGACAUCAAAAGGAAUGGUCAUGAGUUCUCUGAUGGUAUAGGAAAGAUCACGCCUGAUCUUGCCAGGGAAGUUGCUCAGAGAUUGCAGUUGAAUAUCAACCCCCCGUCAGCUUAUCAGAUCAGGUAUGGUGGCUACAAAGGUGUGGUAGCAACUUGGGAAGCUGAACCUGGAAGCAAACAUAAGCUGUCUUUGAGACCCAGCAUGAAAAAGUUUGAAUCUCGACAUGACAUGCUUGAAGUAAUCACCUGGACACGUUUCCAGCCCUGCUUUCUGAACAGACAGAUAAUUACUUUGUUAUCAGCUCUUUUAGUUCCUGCCGCCACUUUCUAUGAAUUGCAAGAUUCAAUGCUGGAUAAGCUUAAUCAAAUGAUUGAAAAUGUGGAAGUGGCAUUUGAUGUAUUAACCACAUCAUGCACAGGAGAUCUACAAAACACUGCUGCUAUGAUGCUGAGUGCUGGUUUUAAGCCUCAAACAGAACCGCAUUUGAAAGAUAUGCUUUCUUCUAUAAGAGCUGUCCAAUUAGAAGAGCUUCGCAGAAAAUCUAGGAUUUUUGUCUCUGAUGGAAGAUGGUUAAUGGGCUGUCUGGACGAAAUAGAGGAGCUUGAAUAUGGGCAAUGUUUCAUACAAAUUUCGAGCCCUCCCCUACAAGGCUGCUUUCUUGAAAAUGGAUCAAGCUUUGUAGACAGAAAGAUAAGCCCGAGAAUUAUAACAGGAAAAGUGAUUGUGGCAAAAAAUCCUUGCUUACAUCCUGGUGAUGUACGAAUCUUAGAAGCAGUUGAUUCUCCUGGAUUGCAUCACUUGGUUGAUUGCUUAAUCUUUCCACAGAAGGGGCAUAGACCUCAUCCUAACGAAGCCUCAGGUAGUGACCUUGAUGGUGAUAUCUACUUUGUUUCUUGGGACUCUAGGCUCAUGCCACCAAGUGGUGAGAGUUUUGACCCAAUGGACUAUACUCCAGCUCAAGAGGUAGCAUCAAAAGAACCUGUGAAAACAGAGGACAUAAUUGAAUUUUUUGUGCGACACAUGGUCAAUGAUAGUUUGGGUGUUAUUUGCAAUGCACAUGUUGUUCUGGCAGAUCUAAGUGAUUAUGGUGCACUGGAUGAAGGUUGUCUUAAACUUGCAGAGUUGGCAGCCAUGGCUGUAGACUUUCCUAAAACUGGAAAGGUAGCAGUGAUGCCACCCAAUCUGAGACCCAAGCAAUAUCCAGACUUUAUGGAUAAAGAGGAUCUUAUUUCUUACAAGUCAGAGAAGGUUCUAGGUAAACUGUAUCGCAAAGUGAAGAAUAUGUUUGAAGAAGAGUUUGAUAAACAUAAUUGUUCUGCUGGCUUUGUCAAUGCAUCUGAAAGCUUGCCUUACGAUACUGAUUUAGAAGUUGAUGGGUUUGAAAAAUUUGUUGAAGAGGCUUGGCUACGCAAAUGCUCGUAUGAUAGACAACUUCAUGCUUUGUUAGGUCAGUUCAAUGUUAGGAAAGAGGGGGAGGUUGUCACUGGACAGAUCUCUUCCCUCUCCAAACACAAUAGCAGGCGGCAGGGUGAAAUCAAGGAUAGGCUGCAGAAUGCAUACAAAGCUUUGCGAAAAGAAUUCCGGUUGAUUUUCGAGGAAGCAAUAAAUUGCCAAAAUAUGGAUUCUUACGAACAGUCCAAAUAUGAAGCCAAAGCAUCUGCAUGGUACCAUGUAACGUAUCAUCCAACAUGGUUGCAAAAGACCAUGGAACAACUAACAGAGCCAGAUGAUUCUCCCAGUGCUCCUCUUUUGAGUUUUGCAUGGAUUUCUGUUGAUUAUUUAGCCCAAAUAAAGCUGCGGAAGCUCAGGCCAGAUGUGGAUUACAGCUCAGCAAUAAGAUCAUUUACCACCUUUCUGUUUGGUAAGUCAUAAAUGGAUCAGUCAUAUUAUUAGUUCAUAUUAGUUCAACUAGCCUUCUACCUAACCAUUAGCAUGUCAAGCAUAUUGGUUUGGCAAAACAUGGGGAAGUUCUUGUAUAAAUAACCACUGGCCAGCAAGGCCGCUCUGCCAUUACAUCAGGCUGAUUCUUUUGUACCUUCUUAGGAAAGAGAUUUCUUAAUCACUCCUUGUGUUACUGUUGUUUGAUGACUACGGACAUAUUUAUACAUAUUACUACCUAUUCAGGCACAUUGAUUUUAA